GGGGGACGGGAAGUCCCCAGCCAGGCGCAGCUCAGCAGCACAGGAUUCUCGAGCUCACAGAACAGGAGGACGCGUGAACUCGGGCGCAGAGGCGGCAGGCACACAGCGGGUACAGCAGCAGCCCGGCACUGCCAGCACCAUGUCCGCCCCUCCCGCCAGCAAUGGGGUCUUCGUUGUCAUCCCACCCAGCAACACCAGUGGCCUCCGCCCACCUCCGGCCAUCCUGCCCCCCUCCAUGUGCCAGCCUCCAGGGGCCGUGCAGCUUGAAGAGCCUCCACUGGGGACACAGACGCCCCGGGCUGCCCAGUCUUCCGACCUGCGUCCCAUGGACACGUUCCUGACGGGAGAGCCCAAAGCUUUAGGGACGGUGCAGAUCCUCAUCGGCCUCAUCCACCUGGGCUUCGGCAGUGUGCUGCUCAUGGUCCGCCGCGGCCCCCUGGGCAUGCUCUUCAUCCAAGGCGGCGUCCCCUUCUGGGGAGGAUCCUGCUUCGUCCUCUCCGGGUGCCUGUCGGUGGCGGCUGAGAGGAGCCACACAGGCUGCCUAGUGAGGAGCAGCCUGGGCACCAACAUCCUCAGCGCCACGGCGGCCUUCGCGGGGACGGCCAUUCUGCUCAUGGACUUCGGCGUCACCAGCUGGGACGUGGGCAGGGGCUACCUGGCCGUGCUGACCAUCUUCACCAUCCUGGAGUUCUUCAUCGCCGUCAUCGCCACGCACUUCGGGUGCCAGGCCACGCGCGCCCAGGCCGACGCAUCUGUGGUCUUCCUGCCAAACACCUUCGGCGCAGACUUCGCCAUCCCCAGCCCGGCCACCUCCCCGCCCCCCGCCUAUGACAAUGUGGCCUACAUCCCCAAGGAAGCCUCCGAGUAGAAUAGCAGAUGUGGCCCUGCAGGCCAGCCCUGUCCCCUCGGCCACCCUCUCCACCCCACUCUGCUGCCCCCCUUUGCCCUGGGCUGAGGCCCUGGGUGGGGCUCUGUCCACCCCUGCCUCCAGGGCUCCUUUGCAGAGGACACCAGCGAAAGUCCGGGUGUGUGUCCAUCACCCUCUGAGGGACGCCAGCGCCCCAAGCCCGAUGCUCCGGGGUGGAGGUAAUCUUGGCUCUGUGCUUGCCACUGCUCUGGCCUCGGAUUUCCCACUUGGAAUCUUCAGCCCCUCCCAGUGCCCGGCCUGGCAUCGCCCCCUCCCCCCAGCGGCCCCCUUCUCCUUGUCUGUAAUAUGGAGCCGGAGUGGACUCAGCCCAGGCCCCUGCCCAGGGACAUGGCAGGCACCCUCGCCCCGGGGCAGCCCGGCCCCUCAGGCUCCGCCAGCGUGUCACCAUGGCAACCAGCUGAUCCCGAGGGACUAGGAGAUGCCUUAGCCCUUGUCACAGGUCCUGGUGUACAACUCGAGCCGUCCACACCGCAGAGGAAAAUAAAUGGUGUGGCCUUGAGGCUGGGCGGCCUCACUGCAAAGAGUCUGCUUUCUAACCUCAAGGACGUCCUCGGCUGUCCCAGCAAAAGGGCACCAGUGGCUGCCAGUGAUGAGCUCCAUGUGGGUGGCCCCACUUCCUCUGGCCUCACCCUGCAAGAAGCCCACCUGCUGGUCCCACUCUACACAAGGACCCUGAAGUUAAACCCAUGCCAGGGCCUCGGGACUACCAAGAAGCAGUGCUGGGAUUCAAACCCAGCUAGCUCCCUGUGACGUCACCACGUGCUCUUACCCCAUGAACCCCCACCACAACCCCAAGUGCUUCCCGCAACCCAAAGGCUGGACAGGACUGCAUUCCUCACCACAUCCACUUCACCCAACAAACUCCUGCUCCUCCUUCAAGACCCAGUUCAACUGCUGCCCCUGCCGGGCGUCUUCCCAAAGGCGGGGUAGUCAUGGACCCCAGUCUAGUCACUGGACUAGAGGAGGACAAGCGAGGUGCCACAAGGAGACCUUCACUCCUGGGGCCAUGCCCUGCAGAGCUGGCAGGGGGUUGACCUUAAAAAUCAAAAGAGUGUGGUGGCCCAUGCCUGUCAUCCCUGCACUCUGGGAGGCUGAUGCAGAAGGUUACAAGUUCAAGGUCAGAUGGACACACACCUUAGUGACUUAGCAAGGUCCUAUCUCAAAAUAAAAUGUUAGAAAGGGCUGGGGAACUGGGGAUUUAGCUCAGUGGCACCACGCUUGCCUUGCAAGCGCAAGGUCCCGAGUUCAAUUCCUGAUACAAAAAAAAAGGCCCUGUCCUCAACUCAGAGUACCAAUAAAAGAAAAAGCCACAAGAAGAGGCUGGUACUUAGGGUUAGGGUUUAAGAUCAGAAAGUGCAAAUGUGCCUGAGGACUGGGGAGCACCUUCCGGCUGCUCAGAGCUGAGGGGAGGAGUUUGGAUAGCAGGGUAGGGGAUGGGGGACGGAAGAGGGAACGUGCCCCGGCAAGAACCCCCCUCUGUUCUCUGCCCACUGAGCCCCUCAGGAGGACGGGGCCACACACAGACCAGCUGGGGGACUGAUCGGACGGACGCCUCCUCCCGGGCCCCUGCAGAUGUCCCCUGUGUUGAGGCAGGGGAGGUUUAUUUGACUCAUGGUUAUAGGCCGGGGCAGAAGUGGCUGGAGACCAGGUGUGUUCCGAAGAGAAAUCCACAAAGAUCUGAGCAUGUGACAGGCUGUACUAUGCUCAUGGAUCAAGAAGCUCAACUGUGCUACUUGGCCACUUACUGCCUCAUGCUGAGGGCGUUGGGUGUUGUGUCUCAUCCACCUGGGAGUGACGAAGACGGGCACAUGGCCGUUAAUCUCCCCAAAAACUCUCACUUCAAACACACUGUCCCAUUGUUCUCGGCAACGUGGCCCUUACCAUACCAAGUUGUUUUAAAUGUAAACUCCCACUGCAUGUUUUGAUCACCCCUUGUGAGCAGUGGUGUAUUUAUUUAAAAGGAAUAAACGAAAAGGAACACCCUGC